CGGUCACACCGCAACAAACGCCGACUGACAGAAAAUGGCGUCGUCCGCCUGAAAAAUUGGUGUAUUUCUUGCAAAAUCCACGCUCUCUCGACCAGCGAAUCGCGAAAAAUGGCCCUGCCCAGUAACUACAAGCAGAUAGCCGUGGGCGCCCAAGGUCCGGGUCCGGCGACGCCGCUGCAGGGCGUCGUGGGCGUAGGAGGCGGCGGUGGCGGAUCCGGCGGCGGUGGCAGCCGGUCGCGUUCAUCCGGCGGCGGCGGUGGAGCUGAUCGCAACAAGGACCAGACGCCCAUCUUCACGCACAGCAACUACGGCAAUCCGGCCUUCACGCCCCAGAAGGUGACCAAGUCGUCGAGCAGCAAGAACCAGAGCGAAUCCCGGCUGCCCAAGCCACCGAAGCCGCCGGAGAAGCCCAUCCUGCCGUACAUGCGGUACUCGAAGCGCGUCUGGGACAGCGUCAAGGCGCAGCAUCCCGAGCUGAAGCUCUGGGAGCUGGGCAAGAAGAUCGGGGCCAUGUGGAAGCUGCUGGCCGAGGACGAGAAGACCGAGUUCAUCGACGAGUACGAGGCGGAGAAGUUGGAGUACGAAAAGUCGCUGAAGGCCUACCACCAGACGCCCGCCUACCAGGCCUACAUGUCGGCCAAGAGCAAGGUGAAGACGGACGUGGACAUGCACGAGACUCCAUCUCGGGGUGGCGGCAGCAAGUCGCAGCACGAGCGACGCAUCGACAUCCAGCCGGCGGAGGACGAGGAUGACCAGGACGAGGGCUAUACGGCCAAGCACAUGGCCUAUGCCCGCUACCUGCGUAACCAUCGUCUCAUCAACGAGAUCUUCUCGGAGGCCGUCGUUCCCGACGUGCGAUCCGUGGUCACGACCACGCGCAUGCAGGUGCUCAAGCGGCAGGUCAGCUCGCUGACGAUGCACCAAACCAAACUCGAGGCGGAGCUGCAGCAGAUGGAGGAGAAGUUCGAGGCCAAGAAGCAGCGCAUGGUGGAGUCCAGUGAGGCCUUCCAGGAGGAGCUAAAGCGGCACUGCAAGCCGGCCGUGGACGAGGACACCUUCCAGAAGAUGGUGCACCGAAUGUACGAGGACAUCAAGCGCGAUCGCCAGCGAUUGGAUGAGCCCAGUGCGAAUAACGUGGCGAAUCCUGCCGUUGCCGCCGCUGCUGCUGUGACCAGGAGCGAGGAGGCAGCCAAGCUGCCGACGCAGCCAGGUCAGCCCGGUGCCACGCCCGCUAACCAGGAGGCGGCGGCGGCGGCGACAACGGCGCAUGCUGCAGUGCCACCGAAGGAGACGCCGCCGGCAGCAGUAAAGCCAGCCACUCCCACUACCACUCCCACUCCGAGUUCCACACCCAAUGCCACGCCGCCUGGGCCCGCAGUGCAUGUCCACGAAACGGCCAGCAAAACGGAUCCCGAGCCCAUGGACAUUGAGCCACCGCCGAAGCCGUCGGUGCCGCCGCCGCCCAUUAAGCCGGAGAAGCUGGAGAUGGCCGCUGCCCUGCCGCCGCAGUCAACGCUCGUCGAGCCUCCAAAAUCAGAGCCCGCCAAGGUGGUAGUGGCUCAGCCCGGUGCCAAGGUGCCCACUCCAGUUCCGACGCCCACGCCGCCGCCCGAAGUGCUUCCCGUUGCUGGAGCAUCUCCUGCGGCAGCAGCGACGACGACGGCACCCACGCCACCGCCGGUGCAGCAGCAGCAGCAGGUGCCAUUGCCCCAGCAACAGGGAGGCCCAGCUCCGCCGCCAGGCAUGCCGCAAAUGCAUCCACAUCCCGGCCACCCGCCGCCCGGACAUUCGCUAAUGCCGCCGCACAUGGGACCGCAUCAGGGACCGCCGCCCGGAAUGCCCGGCCUGCCGCCGCCACCUCCGCACACGGGCUACGCCAACUACGGAGGACCGCCGCACGGCCCACCGCCUGGUCCACCAGGCGGACCCGCACGGCCUUACUAUCAGCCGCAGUACGGAGGACAUCCCACGCCGCAGCCCUACUACGCGCCCUUCUCGCCGUAUCAGCAGUCGUACGGCCCUCCACCCGGGUCGCAUUACAUGUCGCCGCGCCCGCCACCGCCCCAGCACAAUGGCAAUCCCGGACAUCCCUAUGCGCCCGAGCAUGGGAGCAACCCGCCGCCCCCGCAGCAGCAGCAACCGCCACCGGGCCACCUGCACGAGCCCAGUGCAGGACCAGUAGCCCCAGGCGGAGGUGGAGGAGGACCAGGAGCGGCAACGGCAGCACCUGGAGGGGGAGGAGUCUACCCCACGCCCGGGGCUGGUGGAGCUGGACCUGGACCCGGACCGGGACCAGGAGCACCUCCGGCAGCUGGAGGAGCACCGGUGGGCGAGGCGGCGGCAGCAGCAGCAGCAGCUGGCGGAGCUGCGCCCCCUGCAACGGCGCCUGGCAAGCAUCCGGAGGCGGAGAAACACGAGGCGGACUAAGACCAGAAGUGGAGCCAACCAGCAUCCACAUCCACCCACUCCUCCACUCAGAUCCUAGUUGUAGUCCCUAAAUUAUACAUACAAGCAUCGAUCCCUGUGUUGUAACAUAGCUGUCCCCUCUUGAACCUCCGCCUCUGUUCCUCGCUGUAGACCGAAAACAAAAACGAAAACCCGUCGAAAUCCUCCAAACUUUAAACCGCAUUUAGGCGCCCAGAACUCCCCAUCAACCAACUCCAUUCUCAAUUAAGUUUAAAAUUCUUUUUUUUUCGUGAGGCCUAAUUUUAAUAUUUUAUUAAUUGAGUGUGCGUCGCAUUCUGGACUGUAUGCUAAAUAUACGAAUAAAAUAAAUGUACGUUUAUAUGUAAAUGAAGAAAA